UAUUCUUCUUUUUGUUCUGUAAAGAUGGAUGGGAUUUUAUUGGCUUUGCGACCUUCCCUUCUUGUAAUUGUGUUUAAAAGUGUAAAUUAAAUUUACCAAAAUUACCACUGCUAAACGAAACUACUACAAACAAGUGUGUGAGAGUAGUAAUAACUUGAGAAACAUUAGCCAGAAAAAAAAAGAAAAGAUGAACAGCAUAACAAUUUUAUCAUUGAAACCCUGUAUUCAUCACACCAAACUUCUAUUUCCCAAAAGCCUCUCCACAAAAUCAACAACAAUACUUCGUGCAAAUCUUCAGCCACCCAAUUCCACCAACACAACCCAGCAGCAGCAGCAACAACAACAGCUCAAUCUCUCUGUUCUCCGCUUCACGUUAGGGAUACCUGGGUUUGAUGAAUCUUACUUGCCUAGAUGGAUUGGUUACGCUUUUGGUUCUCUUCUCAUCUUAAAUCACUUCCUUGGUUCUGAUUCUACCACUAUUACACCACCUCAGCUUAGAACAGAGGUUUUGGGUCUGUCUUUGGCUUCCUUCUCAAUUCUGCUGCCUUACCUUGGUAAAUUUCUCAAGGGUGCUCAACCAGUGGAUCAAACAACUCUACCAGAUGGAACACAACAAAUAUUUGUCAUGUCAACCGAUAUAGCGGAUGGUCUGAAGGAAGACCUAGCUUGGACAUCAUAUAUUUUGCUGCGUAAUACAAAUGCCAUAGCUGCGUUAGUUCAACCGUUAUCCAUUUACCUUAUUCUCAAACAAUUCCAAUGUGUUCAGCUCAUUUUUAUUCAAGGAGAAAUAUGUGCAAGGGGCUACUGGAACGUAAUCGAUGAUUCCUCAAAAGAAACUCUUCUUGAACAGUUUAGAAACAAAAUUGAAAUUUCUGGCCUCAAUGAUUUGAAGGAGGCCGUAUAUUUUCCACAAGACGCAGAUUCUGAAUUUCAGGAUCUUGUACCUAAAGGGGCUCGCUCUCUUUUGGUGCAGCCAAUAUUACAAGUUUCUAUGGAGAGUGCUACCGAUUCGAAAAAACCGGCAGGAUUUAUUCUGCUGGUCUCGACCUCGAGAUAUGCAUUUAGCAUUAAAGACAGAGGCUGGAUUGCAGCUGUGGCCAACAAGCUUAGAGGUAAUAGUAUUAUCAAGCUGUAGACGAAUGCACACUGUAUUACAAACCUCUGCGAUGCAUGUUUACAUGCUGAUGUGGACUUCCCUCAAGUUUAAACCAAAAUUCAAUUCAACUUCAUUCAGCUAAGUUGAAGAGGUAGAAAACUUGCUGCAAUGACGGUAACACUGGUAACAAAAGGAAUGUGUUGGUUAUAGUUGAAGCAUAAUGGUAAAAUACUGUGAUAUCAUAUUUGGAAGUGUAAUUAUGCAGCUACUUGACCUGAUGAUCAAAAAGCUGCACUUGCAAAAUUAUGUAGAAUGAAAUUGUCCAUAUUUAGUAUCGGACCUUUGAUCAAAUAGAAUUACCUCCCAUGGAAAAACCAGAAAAAAAUUGGACAUUAGGAAGGACCAGAUUUUGCAUAUUCCAUCAUCUCCCAUAACUUUGAUCCAGUGCUUGGUGGCUCCAAUAAUUGUAUAAGUUAUCUUUUGAGGUAUAUCAAGACUAAACAUGUUUGCCCAUUUGUUCAAUAAAUUUGCAUGUUUUAAUCAAAA